AUUUCAGAGCCUGAUGAAAUCGGUAUAAAUACGUGUUGAACACUGCAAAAUACAUCUCUUCUAAUAUCUUCAAUUGUUGCGUAUACCGAGCUGCAGCGGACACAUUUGUAAACGACUUUACUUGGACCCAUUGUGCGAUCUGUCUCUUUAACACCGCGUGGGUUAUACACAUGUUGCUGGCUGCUGAUUGGCCUGACAUUCUUGACACGCCCACCAAACAAGAGAAAACGCAUCUCAAACCCUGUUGCACACCGUUUCCAGGAAACGUGUCGUUCAACCCGGAAACCGUAGCAAAACGGCACCGGUUUGAGCUUGAACGUGCCCCAGGCCUACAUUUUUUUCUCAUUUCAUAAGUUGUUUCACUCGGAUGUACGUCACGAUAUGAAAAAAAGACGAUCGCUACCUCCGUUUCAUGCUGACUUUCUUUCUUUCUUUCUUUCUUUCUUUCUUUCUUAUUAAACAUGUUUAUAUGACUCAUGUCACGUCAGAGAUAAAAGAUGCUUUGUAAUGACUUUGUUCUUGUUUGCAGAUGAUGUCUUAAGGACGGAAGCAGCCUUUGAUAAAUGACUGACAGGACACGCCCACUGUUCACGACCCAAUCAGCUCCUCGUGGAUCAUCUUUAUUCAAACACAUCACUUUAUUAGGGUUCCAUGUGUCAUGUUGGAUGUGUGAGGCGCAAGUGCAGUUGAAGCAUGGUGCGGCCGGCAGGUUUGGAGAGCCACACACCCACAGGCUUGACUCACUGAGGUUACGCUCAUCAUCUCUCGGGACGGUGGUCAGCCAAAACUGUUUACUCUCCUCGCCCGGCUUCACCCGUGUUUUGGGAAGCGAUGGCGGCUCGGUCCCUGCGAGUGAUCUUUUUUCUUCAAAGGAGCAGUGUUCUGCAGCACUUGUUAGUAUAGAAGUAUCAGUUGUGCGCUUUCAGGAAAUAAUUCAGCAAAAUGCAGCGUACACUUCAUCUGUCACAAAGAGUCAGUGUGCGCAGCAGAUCCUAAUAGUGAUCCAGAAAUAUUAAUCCAAACCUCAAGCCAGACAUCACUGAGGUGUAUUAUUCCUUCAAAUGCUCCUCCUCCCGGCCAAAACUGAGCACCCUGUUUCCAAUGAAGGUGUCUGCAUGCACUGUGUGUCCGUGUGCGUGUGUUGUAUACACUUUGGCAGUCAUGGACAGCGCGCGCACACACACACAGACAGACAGACAGAAGCAUGCAGUGUGCAGUGAUGUAGUGUGCAGUCACGUCUGCUGCUCAGAGGAGUGUGCAGUGAACAGGAGAGAGGAGCAGUGCCCAUCACUCUGAGAUCUGGACGACACGUGUGACUUCAUUCAUGGAAGAGCAAUCGCAUGUUUAACACGUCCAGCAUGCGACGAGAACUGAUCUACUGACUCGCUGGAUUUCUUGUGAGUAUAUUACACGAUACAUAUUGGACUUGCAGUGCGUGUUCACUAGGGCUGUGCAAAAAUAUCGAUACGUAACUAUCGCAAUAUUUUUUUUUCGAUAGUGUGUGGAUAGUGAUACCUCUACUAUCGAUAAUUAAAAAAAAAAAAUCAUGUCAUAUACAUACGGCCAAAAGUAAGUGGAAGCGAGCAUGGCGAAAAAUAUAAGAAGGCUUGGAGCUCUCAGAGAUGACGUGUGGGUGUGCUUUGGUUUUCAAAAUAAGUAAUGGAGUAAUGAGUUAUAUAAAAUAAUGCUGUUUGUAGCUUCACAAGUCAUGACACAAGUCACUUGGCUACUGCAGUGCAUUAGACAGAAAGUUUAUUAAGAAAAGUAACAAUGACAUUUAUUGAGCUUAUAUAAGGAUGUGACACCAGCACAUUUACAGCACGGAUGAACCAGAGGUUUUAUUCUGCCCAUGUUCAGUGUUUUAACUGUAAUGCACCACAACAGACAAGUGACUUGCGUGCGCCUCCUUAUUCCCCUGUGCUACCCACUUGAGGGGCGCGACCCACAGUUUGAGAAGCCAAACCUCUGAUCUAAAGGUCCAUGCAUCGCACACUCUGCAGAGGUACAGGCGUGUCUGCAGUAUGUUGAGACACUGGAGCUUUGCUGUGUUUCUGCUGACCGUCCCGAUACCGGUGGAACCCAAACCCACCAACAGUGUCAGCAGACAGCGACGUUCAGUAAGUCACGCUCAGAUGAUGCACGACCGCGGUCGAUCCCUGCAUGAGCGGAAGAGACGUCUGUGGAUACAUGAACUUCUGGAGCAGGUGCACACAGCACAGAUGUGGGAUUCACCCCAUCGCAACCAGCGAAGCUUUCGGAACAUCCCCUGGGCCAUCGUUCAUCCACCCAAACACCCCAGCAGCACCAAAAUCUUCCCGCUGAGCUUUCAGCUGGACACAGUGCGGACGAGCCAAGAUUUAACCCAACAGACCAGCAACAGUCUGAGGUACGAGGAGUCUGUGAGGAAGAGGAAGAGGAAGGUUUGUUCAGAAAGAUGGAGAGACCCGGACAGAAGAGACUGGGGAUGUGCCACGCAAACACAAAUGCAUCAAGACUAACUGUGACAGCGUGAAGAGACGCUCGUGUUUGAAGGAAGCUGGAAGAGAUGCAACAAAUAUGAGCAGAGUUUGACUCCAUUAAAGUGAUAAUGAAAAUUCUGUCACCAUUUACUCACCCUGAAGUUGUUCCAAACCUGUAUACGUUUCUUUGUUCUGUUGAACACAGAGGAAGAUAUUUGGAAGAAUGUCAGUAAUUUUCAGUUCUGGGACAUCAUUCACUACCAUAGUAGAAAUAAAAACAUUGCCUAGGUUUUGUUCUGUUAAACACAAAAUGAGAUAUUUAGAAGAAUUUAGAAAAUCAAACCAUUCUGGGGCACCUUUGACUACCAUUUUUAUUUCUCCUACUAUGGUGGUCAAUGAUGUCAAUGACAUUCUUCCAAAUAUCUUUCUCUGUGUUCAUCAGAACAUAGAAAUGGACACAAUUUAAGGGUCAGUAAAUCAUGACAGAAUUUUCAUUUUGGGGUGAACUAUCACUUUAAACCUUCAUAAGGAACCUGAUGAAUGAUUCGCUGUCCUGGUAUUAAAGACUGCUAACACAUGAACUGAUCUGAGAACAUGAUGAAGAAACGAUGAUGUCUGUUUUUAUUUGAUGUUAUGACAAACGUUCAAAGAGCUUCAUCAUAUACAAAACAAUCUCCGUAUAUUACAGUGAGUGUUUCUCUUGGAUUCGUUCAGACGUGUAAUGAUGUCAUGGUUAAUUUAUUGGAUUAUUUAAUCCCUGAAUGUAUCUCAAUGCUGCUGAAUUAUAUGAGAUUUUGCACUUUAGAUAGUGAAACAUAUUUUAGAUUUUUAUGAUCACACAGCUUCUUCAGUUCGUUAUCAAUGCUCUACUAUUUUCAUGAAAUAAAUUGAGAAAAAAACACAACAAAUGGGACACAGGAUCUUUAUUUUUUCUUGUUUUAAUAUUAAACUUAUUUGUUUUUCAUAUUAAACUACAAUGUCUUGUUUUCAGGAGGAAAAUAUCUUGUGUUGUUUUUGGUUAUUAUUUUGUUAUGAUGCAUUUUGAUUAAAUAAUUUUUCGACAUUUGUAUUGGAAAGUGUUAUAGAAGAUGAUCCAUCAAACAUAUUGUGUAAAGGCCUCAAAUGAAGAAUAGACUCAUGACAUAACCAUAAAACUAAAUGCAUUAAAAUCUAAUGACUUCAAACUGACAAAUAUAUAGUAAACAUUUCAAUAAAUGAUUUUAAAGGUACAAGCUGAGAUUGUUGUGUUUGAAAAUGAAUGUGACUGAUUUAAAUCAUUUAAUUGACACAAGAAACAGUUUAUAUACCGUAAAAACAAAUAAAAAGAAAAAAACUGCGUGUAAAAAUAGCUGUAAAUAAGCAUUAUAAAGUGUGAUUUGUUAUUGCAGUUGAAUGUGUUCGCGCGCUUGCGGGUUUAAAUGAUGCUUUCGCUGAUAAGAUCAAGCGAGUCUUUAUGAGGUCAUCAGGUCUGAGGUUUGUAGAGACGUGCAGCUCUGCAUUCACAUCAUUCUGCCGUGUGUUUUUCACCGUUUAGCAUCGUUUCACAUCAGCAAACAUAGCAGACAUGGGUCAGCGCAGCUCUCGCUGUAAGGAAGUGGAGUCUGAAGAAAGUUUGAGGCGAUCUGAACCGCCACAAACUCCCAUCGAGAAUGUGAUCGAGUCAGAAGACAGCGCGAGCGAUGAAAGUUCG